AUGGCGACGGCCGCACAACGACCAGCCCCUACGGCCACCGAGCAAGCGAAACGCACCCUGCCGGGAACCAGCAGGCCGUUGCGACACCGCCUCCGAGUCCUCCGGGCCCCACGCUACGGACGUCGCUGGGGUCCUCCAAGCCUGCGGCGCCCCGCGAGUGCGGUGGGCGGGGUCUUCGGAGCAUGUGGCCCGCGGGUGGCAGGGCGCGCGGCUGGGCGCAGCUGGGGGCGCUGGUCCUCGGUGUUCUUGUUCCCGGCCCGGACUGGCGAGAAUGUGUCCGAGCUGACGGGCACGCUCCCGAGCGGCGGCGGGAAGCGCGGUGCUGUGGUCUCAGUGCAAAACGGAAAAAACGACGUGUGCGUCUUUGCAGCACGUUCGCGGGGCAGUAAGAGUCAACAGAAGCAGAAGCAAGAAAAACUUACUCCUGGAGUAAUCUACGUGGGCCACAUACCUCCAGCACUGUAUGAAACCCAGAUCCGGGCAUAUUUCUCCCAGUUUGGCACUGUUACAAGAUUCAGGCUGUCCAGAAGUAAAAGGACUGGAAAUAGCAAAGGCUAUGGCUUCGUGGAGUUUGAAUCUGAAGAUGUUGCCAAGAUUGUUGGUGAAACAAUGAACAACUACCUUUUUGGUGAAAGACUCUUAAAGUGUCAUUUCAUACCACCUGAAAAAGUACACGAGGAACUUUUUAGAGAGUGGCACAUGCCAUUUAAAAAGCCGUCAUAUCCAGCAGUGAAGCGGUACAAUCAGAACCGGACGCUUCUUCAGAAGCUACAGAUGGAGGAGCGAUUUAAAAAGAAAGAAAAAUUGCUCAGGAAGAGAUUAGCUAAGAAAGGAAUUGAUUAUGAUUUUCCUUCAUUGGUAAGUUUUUUUUGGGGGUGGAUUUGUACCUCACUAGUUACAUGUUCAUAAUUUUAUAUAUGGAGUGUGUGAUGUAGUGUUUAUCAGUACCAGGUUUUUAAACUUUGUAUUGUAGGCCCUUGCUGAGUUUUUCAGAACAGGUCCUGUAUCUCCCUCAAACAGAAGCAGAAACUCUUGAAAGUGAUGUGCAAAAUUUUCGUGUUCUGUGUUUAAAAUAUUGGUUUAACCACUUUAAGCGAAAACCAGAAUACUCAUAGAUUACAAUUAAAGGUGUUGUUACCAGAAUUAAAUAAUUGGUUAAUUUUAUUCUAUGCUGUCAGUAAAUACCAAGAUACUUAGUUGACUAUCCUUCUAAUGCAUUCCAAUAAAGAUUUCGUUUAAUGUUUUAAACUGGAAAUUGUUUUAAAGGUAAUAUCAGAAUUAACCAGAAAGCCUCAAGUCUGUGAAUUAAUUGAGUAGGGAUUGAAAUGUAACAAGUCUGCUUCCAUGAAGAUGAGUUAGCACAGAUUUUCAUCCAGGUCUUGCUUGCUGGUUGAAACAGGGGACCCUGCUGACUCUUUGCUCCCUCUUUCAUGGUAAGGAGAGCUGUGUCUUACUGUAAAACAAGAAUUCAGGCCAUUCAGGUGUGGAAGCCUUUUAACUAAUUAUCGAGAUUGUUUUGGGUCUUCAUAGACCCUCUCAGGCUUAUUUUCAAAAAGCUAAUGAGUUGAUAAGAGCUGGCAUGUAUUCCCAAGUGUAUUAGGUUUUUUAACCUGUCUAAAAACUAGAAGACUGAGUCACCCUCCUUGGGCCCAGUUCCUAGCGGUCAGUUCUUUGCCCAGACCCCAAACAUGGUCUCCAGGGGUAUGUGUUGAAGAGCACUUUGUCACAGACCUGGGCCCUGACACUAUUGGGAACCUUUUAGGGGCUGGAGCACUGAAGCUCAGAAACGCAGGCUACUCUGGGAAGGCAGCAGUGCUUCACUGCCCCUGUCCUGAUCUUCGCCAGGACCGCCUGCCCGCUCAGGGCCUGCCUGCUGGCAUCCACCUGGCUCCACCUCCCUGCCAGGCCUCUGUGCAGCCAGCCCCUUGUUUGGGCCUU